GAAGCUGUAACGUAACAACCACCUCUCUUUUUUUAUUCUUGUUUUUGGGUUUACUCUGUUCUUUAUGUCAUGGUAAUGAUAGAUUACACAAAAAGAGUGAUCCGAGUGAGAGACUAGAGAAUCGUGGAGCCAUGGCUGGUGUCCAGACUCUUGAACUAGAGAUCCAAGUAAACAUGACGGCUGAUAGGUUCUUCAAUACCUUCAAGAAGAAAGAAGGGAAUUUCACAGACAAGACAGAGGCAGUUUCUGUUCAUCGUGACGAUCCCACAUCUAACUCCUCUAUUCAGAUCUGGAAUUUCACCGUAGAUGGAAAGAUGGAGCAAAUCACAGAGAAGAUAGAGGUAGAUGAAGAGAACAAGUCAGUGUCUUUCUUAGCUCUUGAAGGAGAUGUGUUGAAGCAAUACAAGAGCUAUAAGAUAACACUUGACGUUAUCCCCAAAGAUGACCAAGUUUGUAUUGCCAAGUGGACAUGGGAUUACGAGAAGCUAAACGAAGACGUUCCUUCUCCUACCAGAUACACUGCCUUCGUUGCAGAUUACACUCGCGACCUAGAGACUAGGUUGUUGUCUGAAUCAUGAACUUGUCAUGAGUGUCUCCGGAGUUGAUUGCUUGUUAAAUAAAUUUAAUCAAAUCAUGUUAAGCAAGUCUAUAGUUCUCUUUUUUGGUCCAUCUUGGGACUUGCUCAUAGUUCUUCAAUAUGUAUAGUUUUUUUUUGGUUU